AUGAGCGACCGAUACCGCCAACCUGUACCAGGAUCAUCGCCCAUCUCCGACGACCAAGAAAACGACCUCGAACACAGUCCACCUGCUGAAAAGGGUACUUGGAAGAAAAGGGUUUCGACUGCUUGUCUAGCCUGUAAGAAAUCCAAGAGGAAGUGCAGCGGCACAUCCCCUUGCACAAACUGCCAAACCUUCAAACGAAUCUGCAUAUUCGACGAAUCCCUCGACCAACGCCGCCGCGUCGCCGCAAAAAGAACAGCAGACGAACUCUCCUACCACCGCGACCUCCUAACAGACCUCUUCAAACUAGUCCGCGAAGCAAACGAAUCCCACGCCCUCCACCUCCUAACCAUCAUCCGCCACAAUGCCCCAGCCGACGAAAUCAGAGCAUACAUCAACACCACCCUCGACUCCCUCCGCAGCGAUUCUGAUUCUUUCCAGCCGAAGAAAGAAGAAACGGUCGCUAAGCUGGAGGAUGUGCGCCAGAUUCUCAAUGUCGAGGGAUCGACUCCUGUAUUCAGGAGGAAGGUGAUGGAUAUUCAUUACCUGUGUGAUGAGGCGCCGUGUGAUGUUCCUGCGGAGCCUUGGACGACUGUUACGAGGGAUGGUGAUUUGGUUUCGCAUCUUGUUUCGUUGUAUUUUGCUUGGAAUUGGCCUUUUAGUGCGUUUUUGGAUAAGGAGGUUUUUUUGAAACAUAUGAGGAGGGCUGAGGCUGGGAGCGAGUUUUGUAGCUCGUUCUUGGUUAAUGCUGUCUUGAGCAAUGCGUGUUAUUUUUCGGAGUUCUCCGAGGCUUAUGUUGUUCCGGGGGAUAUCUCGUCUAAGGGAAGUGAUUUCUUGGCUGAGGCUGAGAGGUUGAGGGAUGAGGGUCCUUCGCAGCCUAGUUUGGCUGGGUUGCAAGGGACUUUGCUUUUAUAUGAGAGAUAUGCCAUGUCUCGCGAGGACGACUUGGGAUAUAUCAUGCUGCACCAGGCGAUUCGCAUGGGUGAAUCUUUGGGACUGGUGGGCAGCACAGGACCACGAAUGGCAUCUGGCGAGUUAUCUCAAGAUAUGGAUAUUUCAUGCAAACGGACAGCAUGGGGUCUGUUCAAUGUCGACACGAUUGUGCACACGGGCUUCCUUCGCCCUAGUCUGAUCGACCACGUCAAUAUGGCUCGUAUAGACCGCAGUCCGUUGGAAGACCAGUCCCUAUGGCGCCCUUACCCAACGCACCGCGAGGCCCGGCCUUCGUUGCUAUCCGUCUACUUUGACGAAGCAUGUAACCUGUCGACCAUUGCCCGGGAUAUCUCACGCAGCAUGUUCGCCGACCACCGUGUGAGUACAGCUCUCGGCCCGACUCAUCGACAAAGCCGCGAGGCGCUCUACGAUCGUCUUCGUCACUGGCAUGAUCUGCUGCCCGAGGACUUGGAUGUGCGCUAUAGGCCAGCCCCUCACAUCCUCUUGCUGAAAAUGCGAUACAAUACCCUCAUCAUCAACCUCUUCAGUUGUAUCUCUUCCGACCCUUCUUUCGAGCCCAACACACCAGAAAGCCCAUCUCGCCACACCCCAGACACAAAGUAUAAUGCAUGGGAAGUUACCGCAAGCGCAGCGCAAGAAAUUGCCGCCCUAACCCGUCUUCACAGACGGGAGUUCGGGAUCAGUCGUGCCCAUCCAUUCGCCAUGUACGCGAUCAACCUUGCGCUAUUUACGAUGCUCGAACAAGACGCCUUUGACGUGUUAGAUGAUGAUUUCCUAACUCUGGCAAGCGCGUUCUCGGUUGUGGCGAGUCGGUCGGCGCUCGGGCGGAACCUGUUCCAUAUUUUUCGACAGUCGGUGCGCGGGAAGGCGCAAGGGUACCGGAUUCGUAAAUCCGAGAUUCCUGAUGAAUUGAAGGAGCUUUUUGAUGAGGACCCCGCUAGCAAGGGGUGUCACAGAUUCGACGAGUAUGCUGAGGGGUUGGAGAAAUUGAAUCAGAAGGAUAAAUAUCGUGGCAUUGGCGGUGGAUUACAAGAUUAUCCGGGACUUGGACUCUCAGACAUGUUGGAUCGAUAUGAGAGUCUGAGUUUGGGGAAAGACGAGGUUCUCGCUGAGAGAUAUCUCCUUGGGUGCUAG